UCGUCGCCACCUCUAUUUCCAUCAACCCUCUCUCCCGCGUCGCCACCCCAUCUCAGUACCAAAUCAUUUUUCUCUUCUGCUCAGCGCCCCGGCAUCCAAUCCCCCCUCCCGUUGGCCGUGCUCUCUCCGGUAUCCCACCAUGGAUAUGCCAAAUGACACUUGCUCUUCACCAAAACUCCACACAAGACUGAGGCUAUGGGAAUUUGCGGACUGUUAUGUUUUUGAACCAGUUGGUCUUAAUGAUCUUUUACUGUCAGUCAACCGGAUCAAUGGAUCAAUGAAUCUAGUGGAGGAAUUGCCACAGCAUGGCCCCUCUAUAAAUCCAAAAGUUCAAAUAGUGUUUGGUGUAAUAGGAGUGCUAAAACUUGCAGUUGGGACAUAUAUUCUGGUGAUCACUGACCGUGAUUGUGCUGGAUCCUACUUGGGACAUGCAGUUUUCAAAGUGAGAGGUCUGAGAGCUCUGCCGUGUAAUAAUUCCCUUUCUGCUUCUGCUGAACAGCAGAAAAAAGUGGGCAUAGAAUUUUCAGAACUCUUGGAUGCUGCAGAGAGGACUUUGGGCCUGUACUUCUCCUACGAUUCCAACUUAACAGUAACUUCACAGAGGCUACAUGAACUAGGUGAUGAAUUCAAAUCACUUCCACUUUGGAGACAGGCAGAACCAAGGUUUCUAUGGAAUGGCUACUUGUUGGAGCCUCUGAUUGAGAAUAAAUUGCACCAGUACUUGUUACCAGUUAUUCAAGGAAGUUUUCAGAAUAUUCACGCUGAAGUUAGGUCAGAAAAGGUAAAUGUGACUCUGAUUGCACGAAGGUGCAGAUGGAGGAUAGGUACUAGGAUGUGGAGACGAGGCGCUGAUCCUAAGGGUUAUGCUGCAAAUUUUGUUGAAUCAGAGCAGAUAAUGCAAUCAAAAGGAUUUACAGCAUCCUAUGUACAAGUUCGAGGUUCUAUGCCUUUUCUGUGGGAGCAGAUUGUUGACCUGACAUAUAAACCUGGUUUUGAUGUUGUAAGAGUAGAAGAGGCGGCUUCUGUACUUGAGCGCCACUUUCAUGAUUUACAAAAGAAAUAUGGAGCUGUUGUUGCUGUUGAUCUUGUCAAUACACAUGGUGGCGAAGGCCGACUCUACGAAAGAUACGCAAAAUCUAUUGAACCGAUACUUAGUGAAGAUAUAAGAUUUGUGCAUUUUGAUUUCCAUCGAAUAUGUGGUCAUAUUCACUUUGAGCGCCUUUCUCAACUCUAUGAUCAAAUUGAGGAUUAUCUCAAGAAGCACAAGUACUUCCUGUUGACCGAUAAAGACGAGAAAAUUGCGCAGCAAACUGGCACUGUCAGAACAAAUUGUGUUGAUUGUUUAGAUCGUACUAAUGUAACUCAGAGCAUGAUUGGGAGAAAACUUCUGGAAAGUCAGCUCCAAGAAAUAGGGGUUUUUGUUGCUAAUGAUACUGUCAGUGACUUUCCAGAUUUUGAUGCAAAUUACAAAAUUCUGUGGGCCAAUCAUGGAGAUGCAAUAAGCACUCAAUACUCUGGAACUCCUGCUUUGAAAGGAGACUUUGUUCGAUAUGGCAAGAGAACUACUCAGGGAAUUUUAAAUGAUUUAUGGAAUGCACUUGCUAGAUACUACCUGAACAACUUUGCAGAUGGUACUAAACAGGAUGCCAUGGAUCUUCUUCAAGGACAUUACAUCUCCUCUGUUAGUCGGGACAUGGCAGCUCUAAGCAAACAAGGACUUCUGGAGAAUUAUGCGUCCUUCCGCAUUGCUUUCGCGUUGGUUGUGGGAGCUCUUAUGUUCUUGAUUAUUGCACUUAAACAAGCACGAAAUGAUGCUCGGCACUUGGUGCUCUCAUUUAUGUGGGCUGGUAUUUGCAUUGGCAUAACACAAUAUGUGAGAACCAAUGGUCGUGUGUUCUGCAAUCGACCCCGUUUCUACCAGUCACGCCAUUGAUCGCUGCACAAGGAUGCUUACACGUCAUGUGUGUUUGUCAGGUUGCCUUCUGCUUGUUGCAACAACAAUUGUGAAAAAGAUUCUAUUCCUUUAUCAUUAACUUGUAAAGGACUUGUUCCUCACCAAUUUUGGUUGCAUCCCCAAUAUUGAUC